GACAGUGGAGAUUCAGAUUGGUGUGUUAGUGAGAGAGAAACGCAGAGAGUGAGGGAGAAGAAGAGCGGUGCAUGUGUUAGGUGGUGUGCAUGCAUGUGUGAGUGUGUGGAUGUGUGAUGUACUUUGGACUCGCUGAACCUGUAAGACGGCGUUUCUAUCGGGAGAAGGCUUCAGGAGCCGUUGGAGCGGUGACUCGCCUCAGCGCUUCCUCUGUGUGUUGUCAUGCCUAACGCCUGAUGCGCUCAGAGGACACAGGCUGCAGCCCGGGAGACAGCAAGAGGGGCGUGAUGGCCGGACGCGCCCUGACUCCUCGGUCAUGCAUCUCCACAUUUCCACCUGGGCUUCUGCUGGCUUCUGAUCCCCUUCAGAUCUCAUCAAUGCCCUUCCUGUGCGUCUCCGUGCUGCGCUCUCUCAAUGGAUGCUGCUGUCAACACACAUGAGAGCUCAUGAUCAGGACUGGACCUCGUACCGCUCUGGGUGUGAUGGGCCAUGCUGCUUUAGGGUGACACUGAUGAAUAUUUAAAGACUUCACCUUUUCUUGAUGACGUACAAUGCAGGGCUGUUAUUAUUCUGAAUACAAUCAAGAUUUUUCUGAGGAGGAUGGACUGAGGAACAUACAUGACAGUAGUUCUGCACAUAAGGGCUGCUUGAGUAUGGUGUAAUCAUAACUAUUUCUGAGAUUAUUAAGCAUGAUUACUCAUUGAUUUUGCAGUAUCUGCAUCUGCAGGUGAAUUUCAAAUGAUCAGAUUUCUUGUUGCUUUUAGAGGAAGCUACAACCCUGCAGCAAGUUCUGCAAUUUAUUUUGCAUUGUUCAUGACGGUUUCCUUAAAAACCAUAUGACCGAGGUCAUUAUACAUUAUUUUUGUGAGCCAACAGCUGCCUUUCUGUCAUCUUCUUCUCUCUGAGCAUGCAGCACAGUCAUCUUGAUUAUCUUAUUUUCAUGAUCCUUCGAAGCGGAAACUGUAAUUGAAACUUGCCCAGCACUGCUGCACAUAAAGAAUAAGGUCAAGUAAAUAAUUACCAUAAGGAACGAGGCUUCCAUAAUGAAGAUUUAUUUCCCUCUGUGGGUGUUUUCUAGGAACAAAAGAGCUGAUUGGACUCUUCUGACUGAAUGUUGAAGGUUGUCAGAAAGAGAUUUCCUUUCUGUUUCACAGACAAAUGAAAAUUGCAGCCAGAGAAGAAAUCCGUGACUGAAAUUAGAAAUUUGAAACAAAGAAGCCAGGAUCCGGGGGAUGGAUGUAACCAGCAGCGGCUCUGCUGUUAAAUCUUCCAAGGAGAAACUUAAUCUCCCUCCAUGUAAGUUUUUGGUCGCAGUCGUGUCGUUGGACUCUUUCACAUCCCUCCUCGCUGGCAGACUGUCAGUGUUUCAUGUCGCUCUGUCUGGUUUCAUUCAUCUACUGUGUGUCUACUGAAGCCUGUCCACAUGAGCGGAGGCGGCGCCCUGCAGCAACGCACCACCUACCUCAUCUCCCUCACCCUAGUCAAGGUAGAGGCUGUGGAGGAGAAUGGAGGGGAGGCCAAGAGCAGCACCCAAGGGAAGGAGGUGGACAGGACAGGAAAAGAGGAGGCAGGAGGUUACGCUCCUGCACAGGCUGAGAAUGGAGCUGGGGUUGUUUUAGGACAAGCACAAAAGGUUGACGAUGCCGCUGCUGGGAAAGGCGGGAGGUUGACUGAAGAAGUUAAAGAUGCAGAGAGAAAAACUCCUAGUCCUCUGAAGGAGAAAAUCCCCUCCAGUAAAGGAAGUGAGAAGCCAGCAGGCAACCUCUCCAUACCUUUACCUGUUGAGAGAACGACCAAGUCUGUAGAGAUUGACUUAACACGUGUGGAGAAGACAUUCACCCCCCAAGAGUCAAAGCAAUGCAGGUCACCACUGCUUACCAAAACACCUCCAACAGAGGCGGUCGAACCCAACCGUACCCCGACCAGAACCAGCCUCCCUAUCCGCCCAGUGGGCCAGCGUCCGGUGAGUCUGCUGAAGUCUCACAGCAGCGUCACCACUCGAGGCCGAGACUCCAGGGAGGGAAGAGAGCGCAGCCCGACCUCAGCACAGAGCCUGGACCGCAAGGACUGUCGCAUGCCGACACGCUCUCCGGGCCCCUGCAGGGCCUCGUGGGCAGAGGCGAGCAGGCCCGAGGGAUGGCGGGACCUCCGGGAUGAUGCUCAAGUUCUUGAGAUGGGAGGCAGCAUGGCUGCUGUGUUGAGAGACAUUCCUAGAAAGGAGAGACUAAAGACGGGCUCGGCCUCCUUACCUGCACCCCCAACCCAGGCCUCCAAACCGGCACGUAAAGGUAAAAGUCGCACAUUGGACAACAGUGAUCUGAACAGCCUGUCUGAGGAUCUGGGGCUGGCCAGGGAGGCCCAGCAGGCUCAGCAGGGUCAAAGAGGUUCCGCUAAGGACAGGAAGAUGUUAAAGUUCAUCAGCGGCAUUUUCAAGAGCAGUUCAGGGGCAGCGGGGUCGUCCUCCACAGCGCCUCCUGUCUACAUACAGAGAGACUCAAGCGAGGAGGAAGUAAAUAUCGCCAACAGCCAGGAGUGGACGCUGAGCAGAGCCAUCCCGGAGCUUAGAUUGGGUAUUCUGGGAAGUCUGAAAAGUGGCAAGUCAGCGCUGGUGAACAAAUACAUCACUGGCAGUUACACUGCACUGGAGAAGGCGGAUGGCGGCAGAUAUAAAAAGGAAGUGCUGGUGGACGGACAGAGCCAUCUAUUACUGAUCCGAGAGGAACCCGGCCCACCUGAUGCACAGUUCAGCAGCUGGGUUGAUGCAGUCAUACUCGUCUUCAGUCUGGAGAAUGAGGCCAGUUUUCAAGAGCUUUAUCAGUACUACAGCCAGCUGAACGCUUACCGAACCGACAUCCCCGUCAUCGUGGUCGGCACCCAAGAUAAAAUCAGCAGCACAAACCCCCGUGUGAUUGAGGAUCAGAGAGCCAGGCAGCUGUGCAUUGAUGUUCGUCACUCGCUGUUUUACGAGACCUGUGCCACCUACGGGUUCAACGUGGACCGGGUGUUUUCAGAAGCCGCUCAGAAGAUCGUCGCUCAGAAGAAGCAGGCGGCGCUGCAGGCCUGCAAGUCUCUUCCCAACUCUCCAAGUCACUCUGGAGGCUCCACACCGGGAUCAGCUACAUUUCCUGGACAGGCCAGUAAUGGCCCGAGUAGCGGCUAUGCUUACUCUCUCCCCUCCACCCCUGUGGUCGGCCACAGAGAGCUGCGGGUCGCUCAGGGAGAGGGGGUGAGCAGUGUCAACUCGCGCUCGCUGAAGAACAUCCCCCGACGGCCCUCCCUCUUCAAGAACCGGGAUUCGGAGAAGAAGACCGGAGAUGCUAAAGGAGAGCCGAGCGGCGUGCGAGGCGUUCCCAUCAAACAGAGCAUCCUUUGGAAGAGGAGUGGAAGCUCUCUGAAUAAGGAGUGGAAGAAGAAAUACGUCACGCUGUCCAACAACGGCACGCUGUCUUACCACUCCAGCUCCAGUGACUACACACAGAAUAUUCAUGGGAAAGAUAUCGACCUGCUACGUGUGACGGUUAAAGUUCCAGGAAAACGUCCUCCGAGAGCCGUUGCUCCUGCGGGCCCCUCACCUGUCCCCCCCACCUCUGUACCUGGAGUCAACGGGCUGAGUAAAGAGCCAACAGCAGCUGAGAACACCAGUACAGUUCCUCAUUUGUGUCCCGCCACCCUCUCCGUGAUGGACGACCGCUCGUCUGGAGGUUUGUCGCCUCAAGGAGGAGAGAGAGCGCUCCAGCGCUGCCCCUCAUCGCUAUCCACCAAAGCACAGAGUGUCGAUGCCCUCGAAGGGGCAGCCAGCCCUUUCUCCGGUAAAGACCCCGGCCAGUCGUCGCCCAUGAGCGACAGGAAGAAGAACAGGAGGAAGAAGAGUAUGAAUCAGAAAGGAGACACAGCCGUCGGGCAGGCUGAAGCCAAACGCAAAAUGUGGAAGUUAAAGAGCUUUGGUAGCUUGAGAAACAUUAAUAAGACAGAGGAGGAGAAUGCCGACUUUAUCAUUGUGUCAUUCACCGGGCAGACAUGGCACUUUGAGGCCCAGAGUCAGGAGGACAGGGACUCGUGGGUGUCGGCGAUAGAGAGUCAGAUCCUAGCGAGUCUGCAGUCCUGUGAGAGCGGCAGAAACAAGGCUCGACGGAGCAGCCAGAGCGAGGCUGUGGCGCUGCAGGCCAUCCGUAAUGCCAAAGGCAACGGCCUGUGUGUGGACUGUGAGGCUCCCAAUCCGACCUGGGCCAGCCUUAACCUGGGUGCACUGAUCUGCAUCGAGUGCUCAGGCAUCCAUCGGAACCUGGGGACUCACCUGUCCCGUGUCCGCUCCCUGGAUCUGGACGACUGGCCCGGAGAGCUCACGCAGGUCCUGGCUGCUAUCGGAAACCACAUGGCCAACAGCAUCUGGGAGAGCUGCACCCAGGGCAGAACCAAACCAACGCCUAAUGCAACCCGUGAGGAGAGGGAGUCGUGGAUUCGUGCUAAGUAUGAGCAGAAGGCGUUUGUGGCGGCUCUUCGCCAAAUCUCGGGGUCGCAGCCUCCAGAGAACAGCAUGCCGGAGUGGCUGCUGUCUGCAGUGACUGAGAGAGAUCUGCCCAGGCUGCUGCUGCUUCUGGCCCACAGCACCAAGGAUCAGAUCAACGCUCAACCAACGGGCUCCAGUCCUCCGCCUCGCACCUCCCUGCACGCUGCAUGUCAGCUGGGAGACGUGGUCAUGACCCAGCUGCUCGUCUGGUAUGGAAUUGAUGUAAAGGCAAAGGAUGACCAGGGACAGACUGCCUUAAGGAUUGCCAGAAACACAGGGAGCAAAGGCUGCAUUGAUAUUUUACUCCAACAUGGCUGCCCCAGCGAGACGUCCCCUCCUACCGCCACACCCGUCCUGUCACGCCGCUCCAGCACCGCCAGCCUGGGUCGAACGAGCUCCAGGAAGCGGUAGCAAAAAGAUGCUGCAACACAGCGGAGCAAAGAGGGGGAACCAUGAACACAGCUGACUAUGGAUUUAAAAAAUGUUUCUGAAGACUGAACAACAUAUCAAACAACUUUAAAGCAAUAUCCACUGAAUUUGUUGAUGACAUAUUGCUGAGUACCGUGUUGUUGACCUCAUUUUCAAAUGACUCAAGUAGAACUUUGUAGCUCCUGUAAUUUUAGCGCAGACACUCGACCUGCUGCAGUUUCACUUCCUCCUGAUGAAGUGCAAUAAUCAGCUGUGACGACGAAAAGCAACAAGUUUUAGAGUGAGACGUGUCUGUAUGUAAUAAACACAUCAAGAGGGUGCUGCUUUUAUUCAAAUUUGUUGUGACUGGACCAAAACAGCGAUUCUUUUCUCGGGCUUUACAAAUAAAACCUACAAUAUGUCAUGUUGUUAUUCGUGUGUGCCUGUUGCAGCAGUAUAAAGGUCCGUUUAAAGGCCGAUAUAAACUGUUUCAGUGAAGAAUCAGCCCAGAUAAUUCUACUUAGACUAGAAAAAUGAAUGGUUUGGAAUAUGAAAUAUGUCAGUGUUACUCUCACAGGUCAAAGAUAUGGCGUUUUAAAAUGUAAAUGUAACUAUACUACAUACUUAAUGUUCUACUCUGUAACUAAGACACAACGAAAAAUCAAAGACUCAAUUUUUGUAAAUGAUUUCUACUGGUAGUUUUGAAAAUAUGUCAAGUUUGUUUUUUCAUUGUCCCAUGAUGAUUUCUUAUUCUCUUUUGUCAUAAAAGCAAUGAAGAAAUGCUUUAACAUGCGUAAACAUGUGGCUGUUUGUUGAAAGUUUUCUUUGGGAUGGCCAGACGACUGCGUAAAGACGAUGACAUUACUCAUUUUCCUGUUGUGUAGGUCUUUUCCAUGAGUUUACAGUGAAGUAUGAAGAGCUGAAGGUGUCAUUGUUACUUUUGACACUCUGUGGGUCGUGUGAGUCCUUCAUGAGCAAAAAGAAACGGUUACUGGAACAAAAUAAACUUUUUUAA